GCUUCCUGCCUUGCUAAGGGAGGGGAAGGCGCUGACGGCUGGGAGGACGCGAGGAGCGACAAGAAAGCCCUUGGAAAGACAUAAGAGAGCGGGGAACGGCCCGGAUUUACACCGUCCGUCGGGAGACAAGCACCCCGAGUUUCCGUAGCGUCCGAAAUUGUCACCGAAGCGGCACUCAAAAAUGUCGAACAGUCGUCAGCUUAGCGAGAGCAGGGCCAUCCCGACCAGGACGGUGUUGAUCAACGACACAACGCAGCUACCUCAUGACUAUUGUACCACCCCUGGAGGCACUUUAUUCUCUACGACUCCCAGAGGAACGCGGAUCAUCUACGAGCGCAAAUUUUUGCUGGACAUGCGCAAUUCUCCCAUAGCCCAGACACCGCCUGCUCACCUGCCUGUCAUCCCUGGCGUGACGAGUCAGAACACAAUCAAUGAGAACCAGAAAAAUGAGGCCAACAAUCAUGUCAACAACCACGAUGGAAAGCCUAUGACCGGUGAUGACGCUCAGUUUGAAAUGGACAUCUGACAGACUGACGCCAGCACACACACAUGCAACAACAACAACAAAAAAACAAGUAAUUGACCUGGCAUGCCCUGGCAUGCUAGUGGCUUGGCUUAUAGAAACAAACAUGUUGUUGAGCCCUCAUGGCAGCCAUCUUCUUCUGCUCUUCACCUCGCUGCUGUUAGAUGUCGUGUGUGUGUUUGCAAAUCAUGGGAAUACAGCGCAUACUGUCUGCUACUUGGGGCUGACUCUGGCAACUGGGUUUAAUUGAAUAGAUUUCCAUUGCUGCUAUAGAGUUCCACUUCACAACAGAGGGAGCUGGUGUAAUGAUUAUGCAUCUGCACACACGCACAUGAAUAGCAGUGGUCUCAUUUACAGAGUACACCUUCAGACCAAUAUUUUGAUUAAUAUCAAGAGAAAAUGGCCGUGUUUUGUACUUGGGCCUUCAAGCUUAGAAAUUUGUUAUUGAUGUUCUAAUUUGGUUGGCAUUGGGCGGAAACCUCCUAUAUCCAAAUGUUCUCAAUUGAAUGUUUAUCACAAAUUGAUACUAUUGAUCAGUCCACAUCAGGAUGUUCAAGUGUUAAGUGUUGGCUUUCUCUUUAUGAUAAUGCCCGAUACCAACGUUUUUCCUUUUUGGAUAAGGAACUACUGUAAAUGCUCCACGAUGUGCAGUUUGGUUUAUUUGGUGUCCAACUUGCUAUUUAGUAAUGCAAACCGCAGUCAAUCUAUGUAUAAUAAUGAUAUGGAAAUACAAGUAUUUCCCAUUAUAAUUGAAGGCUAUGAAAAGAAAUGUUUGCUCUUUAAGUGUGUAUUUCUGACUAUUCGGGAAAUUUUUUAAAUUUUUCAUUGAUUGUACUCUUGAGCAAGUACAAAUUUAUAUAGUUCACCCUCCAGACAUGCCUUUUUCAAUUGACAAGAGCUUUAUGUUGGUAAAACAAAAACUUGAGACAGGAAGUGCUGCAAAAUAUUGGAAAUGUUCAAAGUUGGACACGUUAAACAAAAUUAAAAUGAUAAUUGAUUUUGUUAAUAAAAAAAAAAAAAACUGUAAUGGACAUUUGGUUUUGUGAGGAAGAUGCACGCUUUGAAAUUUUCAUCUACCGUAUGUUUUGUAUUUUCAAGAUCAAUUUUUGUCAAAACAAAACAAAAAUGUGGGUUUUUGAAUUAACUAUGGCUGUCAAUAUCAAAUACAUAAAGUGCCCUCCAUAAUCAUUGGCACCCCUGGUUAAGAUGUGUUUUUUAGCUUCUAAUAUUUUUUUUAUUCAAAUAAAAUGGGACCUUAAUGGAAAAAAAGAAAAAUCCAACCUU